UGGGUGUCACUGGUGGGCACAGGUUGGGUGGGCACAGGUGGGUGGCACUGCUGGGCACAGGUAGGUGGCACUUCUGGGCACAGGUGUGUGACACUGCAGAGUGGCACAGGUGGGUGCACUGCUGGGCACAGGUGGGUGCACUGCUGGGCACAGGUGGGUGAUCUGCUGGGCACAGGUGGGCGGAACUUGCGGGUGGCACUGCUGGGCACCGAUCAUCAGGGCACUGAUCAUCAGUGCCCUGAUGAUCGGUGCCGAUCCCCGCUGUGACAACUGCCGGUUCUCGGCAGUACUUUCCUCACGAUCUGACAGCGUGAGGAAAGUGCAGCCGAGAACCGGCACUUGCAU